AUGGGGAGUGGCGGUGUCUUAGUCCUGGGGGAAGGCGCAGCCGCUUCCAGGAGGAAACGGGCGUUUCCUUCCCACGCGCUCGGCGAGCUCUGGGUCCUGGCCCCGGGCCUCCACCCAGCCCCGCCCGGAGCUCUGGGAAAAGCCAGUCGCCACACACAGGCACACGCAGGCCCCAGGGCCGCGCCCAAAGGAGAGCGGCACCCUCGGCCAAUUGCCAUGGCAACCCCGGGGUUCGUUCCAUUCCCCACCCCGCCGGUCCCCCCGCCUCCUGCCUGA